AGAGUUAGAAUAAGGAUACAAGCAAAAAUGGAAAAUCAAAAGGUACAGAAAACACAGUGUGAUGUUAAGACAGAUCUGAAUUUACUGCUUGAAUGCCUUAAAUACCAAAUGGACUGUCCCAUGUCUCAGAAAGAGGCUUUGAUAACCAUUUAUUCAAUCUGCCAACAAAACAGUGAAGCAAGUGAAUAUUUGCGAGAAAUUGGUGGUUUGAUGUUUAUAAAUGACCUUGCAAAGUCAAGUAUUCAUUGCAUAGUGAAAGAAGCAGCUUUAUUUACAUUAGGAAUUAUAAUAGAAAGUAAUGUUUACUGUCAACAAACUCUGUGUACACCUGCAUUAUUUGAAGAUCUUAUUUCAUUUUUAAUGAAUAAAGAUUCUGGUGUGAAUUUGAAAAGAAUGUCUGUUUAUGUCAUCUUAGUACUAGUUUCAAAUAACAAAAAUGGACAAACAUAUGUCAGAGAAACAGGUUGCAUUGGUCUUCUGCUACAGCUAUUCAGAACAGCUCUUUCCAUAUCUGAGAUUAAUCUGUCAGAUGAAAAUAUUAAUCAGUGCUAUCAGCUGUGGUCUUCAGUCUGCAGUACGCUUUGUGCCUGUGUUAAUAAUCCUCAAAAUGAAGAUAAUCAAAAUAUUUGCUGUUCAGUCUUUUCGUACGCAAAAGAGUGGCUGGAGAGUUGCAUAGAGCCUGAGAUAGUUCGUCCUAUCUGUUCAUUUGUUGGACUCACAGUUGCAAAUAACUCGUAUGUACAGAAAUAUUUUGCUUCUGUUAGAGGAUUGGAUACAUUAGCAAAAGUGCUCACAAAGUUGCUGCAUGAUUCAUGUGAGAGCCAGUGGAGUACAAAACUUGCAGUAGUAGUGACAAAGACUCUGGAUGCCUGCAUUGCUAAUGACUCUAAUAUGGGGGUUGUCUUGGCAAAGUAUCACACUGUGUCAGAGCUACUAAAGCUGCUGCCUAAUGAUACUCUGGAUACAGGAGAAAAAAUUAGUAUUAUUCUAACAAUUGGACACUGCACUGAAGUUUGUGAAGAAAAUCAGUACGAAUUGCUUAAGAACAACGGUCUUCCACUUAUGAUUCAAGUGUUAACUGAGUCUCAGGACGAGGAACUAAACAAAGCUGCUACUUUUGUGCUGCAAAACUGCAAGCAAAUGACUGAACAAUUGUCCCUGAAAAUAAAUGAGAAUUCGUUGAACGCCAACAGUGCAGAAGAGUUGGAAGUAGAUCUACAAAGGAGAGAAAGAACUCUACAAGACUACUGGAAGAAAGCUAAAGAAAUUUUACACAGAAUAAACUUGAUUGAGAAAGAACAUGAUGAGUAUUUUUCAAUACGGGAAAGAGUACAAAGAAAAAUAUUUGUUGACAGAUCUUCAGAAGUCAGUACUGAGACAUCAAAAUACCACGAAAUGAAUACUAAUGACCCUAAAAAUCAGAUGGAAAGAACAUAUAGAGUACACUAUCCACAUUUAAUUUGCAAGUCAAAUAAGUGGGUUCUUGCCCUACCUGCAAAUUCUCUGCCAUUGCAGAAUGAAAUUCUGAAGAGUAUGAAUCCAGUAAAUGCUUCUACUGGACACCAUGAACAGGAUAAUAUUCCGUGUUCAGCUGAACUGCAAACAGACCAUGUACUUCAAAGUCACAGUAUAAAUGAAGAAAAUACUCGUGAAAAACAACAGUCAGUUCAAGUAAGUGAACAGUUGUUUAAACAACCAGCAAAGAUUGUUAAAAAUCUGAAGCAGGCAUGCACAUCAGAUCAACAUUCAACCUAUACAGAGAUAACCAAGGGAAAAAAAAAUAUUUUGAUUACAUCUUCAUCUCUUAGAACAGCAGACUCAAGGUGUUUAGGAUGUACAGCACAAGGCCAGUCCUUCAAUAGCAAAACGUUUAGCAAGAUGUUGGAAACUUGUCCAUACCUGUGUGAUUGUCACAAAGUUAUUCUGGAAGCUGAAAAAAGAUAUAAAAAGGAACUUACGAAGUUGACUGCUUGUAACAACAGUAGUUAUGCAGCUUAUGACAAAAUACUGUUAACGCCAGUAAAUAAAGGAAGAUUGCACAGAGAGACAUCAACUUUUCAGAGGAGAAAGGAAAAUUUCCAAAGUGUACUUUUGACUCCAAUUAGAAAAAAUAAAAAUGAUGCUUCAAAUAGAGAUGAACACAAUAAUACAUGGAUGACUGAAAAGUAUAACUUAAUACCUACAUAUGAAAGAUCUCUUCAAAUAAAACAAGACACUAACUUGAAAAGACAAAGUCAAAUGUGCAAGCAAGAGUAUCAGUGUUUACAAAAAACACCUGUAUAUAUUCACUUGACAAAGAUGAGGAUGUGGUUCUGGAAAACCUCCUGGAGUCCCCAGCCAGAGCCUCGCGUCUCCUUCGUGGGGAAGGAUGCGCUCGGGAUGGUCCAGGCCCAGGUCCUGGUGCUGUUGACUGAGCAGUGUCCGGGCCCCACGCACGCCCGUCUCGCAGCCAGCCUGCUAACAGCUGCUCCUUUCCAGGUCCUCCAUCCUCAGCGAAGUGUCCACCCGCUCGAGGUCUAA